AUGUCGGGCCCCCGCCUGCUGGCUGCGCUCUGCGGUGCGCUCCUGUGCGCCUCCGGUCUCUUCGCCGCCUCGGGUGACUUCUGUGACUCCAGCCAGUGUCAGAAUGGUGGGACUUGCCUGGUGGGUCUGGACAGUGCCCCCUUCUACUGCCUCUGCCCUGAAGGCUUCACGGGCCCUACGUGCAACGAUAUUGAGAAAGGUCCCUGUACCCCAAACCCCUGUCACCAAGAUGCUGAAUGCCAGAUGACCAGCGGCAGGGGGGAUGCUUUCACCCAGUACAUCUGCAACUGUCCAGAGGGCUUUUCAGGUGUUCACUGUGAGACCAGCUGCUUCAGGCCGCUGGGCAUGGAGGGAGGUGCCAUUGCCGACUCGCAGAUCUCCGCCUCCUCUGUAUACUUUGGCUUCUUGGGCGUGCAACGCUGGGGCCCGGAGCUGGCUCGUCUGCACCUCCCGGGCAUCGUCAACGCCUGGACAGCUAGCAACUAUGACAAAAAUCCUUGGAUCCAGGUGAACCUGCUGAGGAAGAUGCGGGUGACAGGUGUGGUGACACAAGGUGCCAGCCGGGUGGGCAGUGCCGAAUACCUGAAGACCUUCAAGGUGGCCCAUAGCCUCGAUGGGCACACGUUCCAGUUCAUCCAGGAUGCUGAGAGGCGUGGAGACAAGGUGUUUGUGGGUAACGAGGAUAAAAGUAGCUUGAAGAAGAACCUGUUUGACUCCCCUCUGGAGGCGAAGUUUGUGAGGCUGGUCCCUGUGAGCUGCCACCGGGGCUGCACCCUCCGCUUCGAGCUGCUUGGCUGUGAGUUGAAUGGAUGCUCUGAGCCCCUGGGCUUGAAGGACAACUCCAUCCUCGACAAGCAGAUCACAGCAUCCAGCUACUUCAAGACCUGGGGCAUAAAUGCCUUCGGCUGGCAUCCCUCCUAUGCACGUCUGGACAUGCAGGGCAAGUUCAACGCCUGGACCGCCGAGAGCAACCAAGCUUCCGAGUGGCUGCAGAUUGACUUGGGUUCCCAGAAGCGGGUGACUGGUAUUAUCACCCAGGGGGCGCGAGACUUCGGCUACAUCCAAUACGUGGCAGCCUACAAGGUGGCCUAUAGCAAUGAUGGCCUGAAGUGGACAGAGUAUAAGGAGCUCGGGGCUGCCGACAGCCGGAUCUUCCCUGGCAACUCUGACAACAACUCUCACAAGAAGAACGUGUUUGAGACGCCCUUCAAGGCCCGUUAUGUUCGAGUGCUGCCUGUGGCCUGGCAGAACCGUAUCACCCUGCGUGUGGAACUGCUAGGCUGUGACCAAUCCCCCAAUCUGCCUGGUGUCUCGGACCCCAGCAGCCCGUGGCCCCGAGCGCUCGAGUCGUCGAGGAGCUGUCCGGGGACGAUCAGGCUGGGUCAGGGGAAGGGGGCGGGUGGGGAGACAGCUGUCGGCCGGAGCUGGCAGUACUCGUUGGCUGGGGGUGCCCCGGGCGUUGUGGGGUGGGCCGACUGGCUCGGAAUCCGCGUGUGCAACGCGAGGAGGCCCAUCCGAGCUAACCCCGUGGCAUCCGAGACCACGACCCAGCUCCAGCCCCCUUCCCGCCGAUGGCUGCCUGCCUUCUUCUCAACCUGUCCCUGA